CAUUCUGGUCUCACAGUUUAAACUGCAGAUGGAGAAUGGUUUAAUUUGAAUUUUGUCCUUGGCAGAUAAGCCAUGCCUGUUUCAGCUGAUGAAACCGUGGGGGACCUGGCCAUGAGGGACACGGGGCUGACUCCAGCUGGCAUUGAAGGACCACAAGAACCAUCAGCCACACAGAAUGCCAAGGCUCGACAAGCCAUUUCACGGAUCAGCCGAGAGGAACUGGAAGACAGAUUCCUUCGCAUCAGCGACGACCACAUCCUGCUUAAACAGCAUGCAAACAAGCAGGAGGAAAAAAUUAAAAGAAUGACCACCAAGCUGAUCCGGCUCGUGAACGAUAAGAGAAAAUCUGAGCAGGCUGGUGGUGGCCCCAGGAGGCUGGGCCAGGCCCUGGAGCUGGAGGAGAUGAUGGAGAAUUUGCAAGAAAGAGUCCGAGAGCUUGAGAAGCAGAACGAGAACCUGCGCCACAAACUCAUCUCCACCAAACAGCAGCUCCAGAUCCAAGGCCACCGGCCCUGUCCCUACGGCCACGUCCAAUCCCGCAUCAACACGGGCCUCAGAAAAGUGGGAGAGGCUUCUGGAGUGCCAGAGCAGGCCAAGAAAGGAAUGAGAUUUCAGAAUUUAGAAGUGAGAUCUUCUGACCCUGUGCUCCCAAAAUCUGGACAGAGUCAGCUCGAGGAUUCAAGGGCUGACAUAAGAAAUUUGGAGACCGUGAUUGACUCGCAGAGGAAACACAUCGAGGAACUCGAAUAUGCCCGAGAGGUUCUUGUGAGCCAACUGAGAAGGAAAGAAAAGGAGAUUGAAGAAUCCAUCCUGAGGCUGAAAGAGCAAGGCACAGCAAGCCAGAGGCUAAACAUCCAGGACAACGUGGAGAUGAUCAAGGUCCGUAAGCAGCUGGCUGAGAAAAGCAAUGCUCUCUCAGCCAUGGAAGGAAAAUUCCUCCAGCUUCAAGAGAACCUGAAGAAUUUGAAGACCAACCAUGACGCUUUGUUAGCAAAAGGUGAUGAACUGAAUGAGCAGCUUAAAGAGGAGCGGUUAAAGUGCUUCCAUCUUCAGAAAGAGCUGCAGUCAGUGACUAUUUCAAACAGGAGGACAGAAGAGUUACAGGAAAGAAUAAAUUACCUGGAAAAAGAAAAUGAACUCUUGAAGGAAAACUAUGAUAAGCUGCAUAAUAGUGUCUUCAGCGUGCCCUACGAGCAGCAAUGGAAAUCCAAGGAGCAGCAGCUGAAACUGCAGAUUGUUAAACUGGAGACAGCCAUCAAAUCGGACUUGGCGGACAAGAAUGAAAUCCUUGACAAGAUUAAAGUAGAAAGAGACCAAAAGGAAAAGCUGAUGCAAGACAACAAGGACCUGCAGUUAUGCUACCUGGAACAAAAGCAACAACUGGAUGAUCUGAAAAAUCAAGUGAAGUUUUUCACCAAGUUGCAGGAAAGUGAUGUUGAUGUGGCAGAACUCAAUGAAGCCCUUUUGCUUAUAAAGGAUCGAAAGCAGCAGCAGAACAGGGACCCUCUGGCUUUGGAAAAACUGGAAGAUGAUGCCCAUAAAGAUUUGGAACACUCCAUGAGGGAGCUGCAGUUAACACACGCAGAAACGGUGCAAGAACUUGAGAAGACCAGGAACAUGUUAAUUAUGCAGCACAAAAUCAGCAAAGAUUACCAGACUGAAGUAGAAACAAUGACUAAAAAGAUGGAAAGGACACAGAAAGACUACGAGUUAAAACUGGAACAGUAUUCCCACCUGCUUGAUAUCAGAGCUGCACGCAUCAGAAAACUAGAAGCCCAACUAAGAGAUAUCGUCUAUGAUGCAAAACCAGCUAAAUCUAGACCAGAAAUCCUACCAGGUGAUGGGGUGGACGAAUUUGUCGAGACUGUUCACUUAGAAAGAGGAGAGAACCUUUUUGAGAUCCACAUCGGCAGAGCCACCUUCACCCCCGAAGCCCUGCAGGCCCUGGGCGAGCAGCAACCCGCGACCUUCUGCACUUACGCCUUCUACGACUUCGAACUCCAGCUCAGCCCAGUGGUGCAGGGAGGUGCCCCAUCCUAUGACUUCACCUCUCAGUACCUCGUGCAGGCUGAUGACACCUUCUGUCACUACAUCCAGCAGAGCAGCGUCACCCUCGAGCUGCACCGCGCCUACGGCGUCGACUACGAGACGCUGGCGGCCUGUCCGCUCAACUUCCACGAGGUCCUGGACAGCAACGGGAGGGUCCACAAAACAGCAAACUUAGUUGGAAAAACAGGACACAUUCAAAAUUACGGUACCAUAGAAUACUGGAUCAGGUUACAAGUCCCUAUGGAUCAAGCUGUCGUUCCUUACAAACAGCCAUCCAGGGCUCUGGGAUGUGUAACAUCCAAUUUUAGGGAACAUGAACAGCCAUCCCAGAAACCGAGCCCCAAACGGAGGCAGCGAGCAGUGCAGGCAGACAGGAGAGUCUCCUUUCUGGACCUGAAGCCAAUACAGCAUGUGCUGCAGGAGGUUAAACAGCUGGCAGAUGAUCAGGGGAAGGAGAUGGCUGAAGGAACUGGACAGGGAAAAGAAGAGCUCUCCCAUCUAUCUGAGAAACAGUUACCUGCCCAACCAUCAGUUCCUCCUGGAGAUGAGACACAAGUAACUGAAGAGCUGGAAUCAGAAGACCAAGAUGACAGACAAGAGGAUGAUGCUGUUGAAUCAAUCAAAACUGACAGUGAUGACUGUAUUAUCUCAAGUCCAGUAUCCACAAAUAUUAAACAGCUGAGUCAGAGUACAUAUGGCAAUUUGGAAGCUGAAAAAAUCCGCAUUAAAAUCACAUCCCUCGGCCUCACUGAAUCCCGAGUUACAGCAGAUGAAACAAUCCAGCAGCUGUUUGUGGAAUGCAGAUUAAACAACUUCCUUGCAGAGGAGACCCCCCUGUCCCUUCCAAAACCCACGGGUGGUCAGAGGAUUCACUACAACUACAGCACUGUGAUAAAUGUGGAUAAGGCACAUAAUGGUGCAGAAAGAGAGUAUCUCAAGUCGAUCCUUCUGAAGCCAGAUCUGCCUGCUGACAGCCUAAAAUUUACAGUGGUCAGUGAUCCCCCAGAGGAUGAGCAGGAUCUGGAGUGUGAGGAUGUCGGUUUUGCUUAUGUCAGUUUGAAAGAGAUCUUCCAGAAGCAAAGAGAUAUCAUUGAGCAAGAUAUUGAUGUUGUGGAUUCCCAAGAUGCCGGUGCCGUCAUUGGAAAGCUGACAGUGACAGUGGAGGCGCUCCAGGCGCUGCGUUCGGUGCACCAGGAAUGCAGGAAUGAGUAG